AUGUCUUUGGAGGUGCAAUCCCUUGCCUUGAAUGCCCUGACAAAGCGCAUUCAAGAUGAAGCACAGGUCCUGCCUGACGGCAUCUUGCGGGUCGCUGAUUUUCUAAACUAUAGGGUGGACCCAGUCCUUAUGGACAGCUGUGGAGCGCUCCUGGCUAACCGGCUAUCAGAUGCUAAGCCCACGAAGAUUCUUGCGGGCUGCACUAGCCAGGGGCUCCUGCCAUCGCUGGCGACCUCCAGACACUUAGAGUUGCCCGUGGUCUUCGCCUACCCCUCUGUGCCAGAUACCUGGAACAGUGAUGCCACCAUUUCUGCCACCAUCCAGGGCCGAAGCCACUGGGUGCUCACAAGCGCCAUAAGUGCGGAGGACCGUGUGGUGGUGAUAGAUGACGUUGUCAGCACGGGCACGACAGUCAGUGCUCUCAAGUCCAUUUGCGAUAAGGCUGGCGCCAAAGUUGUUGGGGUCGGUACGAUCAUCCACAACUGCCUUGCCAAUGGUGGCUCCAGUCCUGUGUCGGGCAAGUUCGAGAGCCUUGCCAAGGUCUCCAAGUCUGGCACAAACGGCCUCGUGUCCAGUACUCCGCACAUCUCUCCUGCAGUGCAGGAUCCCAAAUUGCCGGAAGUGGUUGCUGCGGACGUGCUGACAGAGCGAGUGAUGCGGGAGGGGAAGGUGCUACCUGGCAACCUCCUGAAGGUCUAUUCCUUCAUCAACCAUCAAGUUGACACACACCUGAUGGACAUGUGCGGCCAGCUGGUGGCCCGGGUCUUCGCGGGCUUUGGAGUCCAGAAAGUACUCACGGCACAAACCGGCGGCCUUCCCCCUGCACAUGCCGUCGCAACGGCCUUGCGCGUGCCGCUCGUCUGUGCCAGAGAGACACACGAGAAUGAUGAGGUGGUCCUGCAGACCAUGUACAGUGCACCCUCGGAAAGCUUCACGAAGAAGAAGAAACUGGUACUCUAUGUUACGAAGGAAGCUCUGCUUCCUGGGGAGGUUGUUUUGGUCGUCGAUGACUUCCUGGCGACCGGGACCACUGGCGUAGCUCUCCACCGCUUAGUUGAGCAGGCGAAGGCUGAAGUAACAGGAAUGGCAUUCCUUGUCGAAAAGCGAUUCCAGGAUGGCCGUGGAAAGAUUCUGAAAGAGUUACCUCACUUGAACGGCCGGAUCGUAUCUUUGGCAUGUAUUGAGUCGAUGUCAACCGAAGGGAUCUCCUUGGAUUGCAAGGUGGUCGGGGACUGCAGACCUAUACAGGCAGCAGAUCAGAAGGUCAUGAUCAACCGAGUCUUGACAUCUGCUCAGCCCCAUCAAGGAGGGGAAGUGAUGGGAAUGAUCAAUGCGUCGAUGUUCCUCAAUCACGUGGUAGACACGAAGCUCAUGGAUCAAGCGGCCACAUUACUGGCGAAACGCUUUGUCGAUUCGCGAGCAACGGCCGUCCUCACUGCUGAGAUGUCUGGUGUUGCACCGGCCUUGGCCUUGGCGAUGCAGCUCAGGGUGCCGCUGGUCUGCGCGCGAAGGGAGUUGAGCAAGGUUAUGGCUGUUGCUGGUGGCACAAUCUCCGCAAAAGUGGAGGGUAGCACUGAUUCAGCGCGGGGAAACCUGCACAUCUUUCGCGACCACCUGCGAAAAGAUGAUGCUGUGCUUUUGGUGGACGACAUCUUGGGCAAUGGCGCCACGACUUUGGCGCUGCAGAACCUCUGUGACCAGGUGGGUGCCACUGUUGUGGGUGCCGGCUUCCUUGUGGAGAAGGUUUUCCAACAUGGCCGCGGCAAAAUUCUGUCAUCGCGACCACACAUGGCAGAUAGUAUUGUCGCCCUCACGAAAGUGUUAUCAGUGGGCGAUCAAGGGAUGAAAGUUUUCCGCUGUCCGGAGCCUGCUCGCGACACCUGGGUGCGCGUGGCUACAGACCUCGUCCGACGAAUGAGCAAAGAAGUGGAGAUUGAUGCGGCGAAGAACGCUAUGAAGUUCAGAUCGGUCUUGGGCCAGCAUAUGAGCAUGGACCCUGUGAUGCUGGAUGCCUGCGGUGACGUGCUGGCAGCACAAUUUGCUGGUGUCACCAAGGUUCUGACAGGUGCGCCCGUGCAGGGCUUGCCGGUGGCGUACGUGGUUGCCAGGCAUUCCGAAGUCCCUAUGAUCUUCGCACGCACUGGCGUUCCGCUGACCAUGAAGGACCAGAAGAUUCUGAGUGCACAAGCUCCAACAGGUAUGUUCAACGUCUCCGGUGAGUUCUUUGGUCCAAGUGACCGAGUGCUAAUCGUGGAUGACUUCUUGGCCUCAGGACAAACCGCCAUGGCAUUGAAGCGUAUCUGCGAGGAGGCCGGCGCAACAGUCGCGGGCUUCGCCUUCCUGGCCUUGAACCGCACGGGCCUCGUGGGCCAGCGACCUAACUCCGUGGCCAACGGGUCAAACACCACAGGCCGUGAGGCUCUGGGCGGAAAGGUUGUUGUGCUGGCUGAUGUGGUCGGCAUUUCCGAUGGUCGGUGCGAGGUCAAGGUUGCCGAGUGGCUGCAGCGAUUGUCAGCUGCGAGCACAUCUGUGGCCGAGAGUGAUGGUCGUCUUUUGGAUGGCGUUGCUGUGCGCUUUUUUGAGGGGCACACUCUGUCCGGUGGUUUCGACGUCCCACUAGACUUGAUCGAGGCGCACCAGCUACGGCUGAGACCCGACGAUCUCCUUUGCUUGCGCCGGCCGCUGCUAGCUCCAAAACGGGCCAUGCUGAUCAAGGAAGCCUUCCAAGCCCUGACGAGUGGUGAGCACUUGGGACAGAAAGGGCUUCGGAAGCUGGCGACCUUCACAGGAUUUGAUGGGACUGAUGAAGACUGGGCAGAGGAGUACACGUCGCUGUGCAUGGAGCUUGACGUCAUGGAGGAAGAAGGCCUUUGCCUGGCCGAUUUCUCUAAGCUGGUUGACGACCAGUCAGACAAGGGCUGCUUCUGCUCUGAUGACGAGCUACGAGAGCUGCAGCAGCUUUACGGGGACAGCUCGAAAGCGACUGAAGGUGUGGCGCCUUCUGAAGUUUGGGUGGGGCAUGCCAUUGUGGAGUCAGCCGACAAGUUCGGAGACUCAUUGCAGGUCCGCUUUCACCUUUGCGAGGUCUCCAGUGCGCUGGGCCUGCCCCGUGACCUCCGGAGCAAAGAGCCUACGCCAGGCUUUGUGGUGGAACUGCUGUGGCUCCCGGAGACGUACCACUACCAAGUUGCCGCUUUGACCGACUUGCCGCAGAGUGCAGCGCUGAUCCAGAACCUUAUCUUGUACGGCGGUGUGCAGUGGCCCGUUUCAGACCCCAUGCGCGACUCCAACAGCUUCCUUCGGGACCUGUCGCACUACCAGCUCAAUGAUUCACAGCUCGAGGCUGUGCGGUCCGCCUUGUCAUCGCCUGUGACCCUGAUCCAUGGUCCGCCGGGGACUGGCAAGACCAGGACCGCCGCUGUGGUUGCCCUUUCCUUUGCCGGUCACAACGCGCAGAGUUCAGCACGAGCCUGCGUCCUCUACUCUGCUAACAGCAAUCGUGCGGUUGACGUGGCGGCCGAGGCCAUUACGGAGCUCUCGACUGAACGCCUGGAAGAUCUUUUCGAGACCCAAGCACAGGACGAGAAGUGCGCCAUCUGCUGGUUGGAAGGCUCGGCGCUCACCUCGCCUCCGCCUUGUGACCCGUCGCUCUUGCAGCCUGUUGCUAAGCGCUUUCUCAUGCGCGUUCUUGUUUGGGAGGCGACACCAAAUCCCAAGUCCAUGAAGUUCGUCUUGGAAGGCGGUGAAGUUCUUGGACGUGGAACAAAGACUGGGUCGUGGGCAGAUGCAAUCUUGGCAGUGUUGCUUGCUGCGGAGCACGUCACUGUCACGAAGUCAACUUUGGCAGAGUGGGAGGAUCUGCAGGAUGUCGUGGAAGGCGAGAUCAGCAAAUUCUACCAGGCCGGGCACCAGGUCAUCGAGCCGUCUGCAGUGGAGUCAACAGACCCGCAGGAUUUCGAAGAAGGCAGCCUCGAGGCACAGAUUCUGGAGCUUCUGGAGGAGCGAGUGAAGCCUUUCGUUCAGCAAGAUGGUGGUGACAUUGAGUUCGUGCGCUUUGACCAUGCAGACGGCACCUUGUACCUAAAGAUGGUUGGGUCCUGCUCCGGCUGCUCGCAGUCCCAUGCCACACUCCAGGAAGGCGUUCGGAACCUGAUGGAUCACUACAUCCCGGAUGUAAAGCAGAUCGUCGGGCUGAACGAUGAGAUGGACGAGGACGUGCCGCGGCCUGGACGAUGA